AUGCCCAUUUCACCUUCAAGAGACUUCAGAAUUCUCAACCACCUUCUCUCUCUGUCUCUCUCUCCCCUAAAUCUAUAACUUGUUUGUUGUUGUUGUUUCAUUGUUGAUUGAUUGAUUUAUGGACAAAGGAUGGGGAUUAACUCUUGAUUCUGCUGAUCCAAUAAGUUUCUUCACAAACAAGCCGGCUAACGUGUUGAGAGGUAGUAUGUUUCCGGGGAUCGGAUUACCGGUGAACCUUAACAGGAGGGAAGAGCAAGCUGCUCCAUCGCCAUCCCACGAGAAUCGGGUGGUUGUGCGUGAGGUAGACUUCUUCUCUGAUAAGAACAACUCAAAUCAUCAAAUGGAUUCCAAGACUAGUGUUAAUACUAAUAGUAUCAAGAAAGAAAACUCAGAUCAAGCCCCUUCCAGAGCUGAUUUUGAUGUAAAUACUGGUUUACACCUAAGUGAUCGGCCGACGAUUCAGGAUGUGAUUUUAUCAGCUGCGAAAGAUAAACGAGCCAAGAAUGAGCUCGGACUGUUGCAAGUUGAGCUUGAACAAAUGAAUGCAGAAAAUCAGAGGUUAAGAGGGAUGCUUUCUCAAGUUAGCCACAAUUACAGUACUCUACAGAUGCAACUAAUGACAUUAAUGCAACACCAACAACAACAGGGUUCGACAAUGAUAGUAGAAGAAGAUAAGAAACAUCAUGAGGCAGGAGGACCGGUGGUGCCAAGGCAAUUCAUGGACUUAGGCCCUAAUGCCGCUACUGAGACAGACGAGCCAUCUCGUUCUUCAUCAGAAGAAAGAACACCUUCGGGUUCAGGGUCGCCUCCGAACCAUAAAAAUGAGACGGUUCCGUUUGAUCAAAACAAGUCCAAUUACCGGGAUGGGAAAGCGAUUAGGAGAGAAGAAAGUCCCGAAUCAGAAAGUUGGGUUUCUAAUAAGGUUCCCAAAUUGAUGAACACCACUAAUAAGAGUGUUGAGCAGGCAUCAGAAGCUACAAUGAGAAAAGCCCGUGUUUCGGUUCGUGCACGAUCAGAAGCUCCCAUGAUCACUGACGGAUGUCAAUGGCGCAAGUACGGUCAAAAAAUGGCCAAAGGAAACCCGUGCCCUCGAGCUUACUACCGGUGCACCAUGGCAAUUGGUUGUCCCGUGCGCAAACAAGUUCAAAGAUGUGCGGAGGACAGAACAAUCCUAAUUACCACCUACGAGGGUACCCAUAACCAUCCGUUGCCCCCGGCUGCGAUGGCAAUGGCAUCGACCACAUCAUCAGCUGCAACGAUGCUACUUUCGGGGUCCAUGUCGAGUGGAGAUGGGCUAAUGAAUAUGAACCCUAAUUUCCUAGCAAGAGCAAUCCUUCCAUGCUCAUCAAGCAUGGCUACAAUUUCAGCAUCAGCACCAUUUCCAACAGUGACAUUAGACCUAACCAACACUCCAAACCCAUUACAGACCCAAAGAACGCCAACCCAAUUUCAAGUCCCACUUGCCUCCGGGUUUACCCGCCCGGUCCCCCAUGUGUUCGGCCAAGCCCUACAUAACCAGUCUAAAUUCUCUGGGCUCCAACUUUCUCAGGACAUGGACUCAGUUCAAGCUCCACAGAACACCUCAUUCUCCGACACUCUCAGCGCAGCCACGGCCGCCAUCACAGCUGAUCCCAACUUCACGGCAGCUCUUGCCGCCGCCAUCUCCUCCAUCAUUGGUGGUGCUCAACCAAACAACAACCACGCCAAUAACACCACCACCUCCACCUCCACCACCACUAACACCAACAACACCACAACAAGCAACAGCAACAAGAUUGGUAGUUUUCCAGGGAAUUGAAAGUGUGAUCAAAUCUUUUUAUUUCUUACCAUUUUUUUUUAGUUUCUUUUUUACAUUUUUGAGAAGGUGACAUUGUGAUUACAUGUUCAUACUUCAUAGACACAAAGUUUUAUUGCCCUGUUUUGUUUUGUUCCAACUUUGAAUAAUUAAUUUCUUAUUUUCAGUGAAUA